AUGGCGCUCGGCAGGCAGCGGAUCGUGAGGUUCGAUGAGGAGAUGGGGAUGCCACCGCCACCAAUUCAACAGAAACAGGCAGCAUUACCUGCUAUUAAACUUGGUGUCGCGAGCUCAGGGAACAUACCAAUUCAACAGAAACAGGCAGCAUUCCCUGCUAGUAUUAAACUUGGUGUCGCGAGCUCAGGGAAGAACAAGAUUUUCGACCCAUCAAGUGACUUCAUCUUGACGUGGAACCGUGUUUUCCUUUUUUCGUGCUUCCUUGCUCUAUUCAUAGACCCCCUGUACUUCUACAUCCCAAAAAUUGUCUACGGCGCCGCAUAUUCCUGUGCUGGGACAGACAGACAUUUAACCAUCAUCCUUACAUUCUUCCGAUCAAUUACCGAUCUUUUCUAUGUGAUUCACAUCAUAAUUAAGUUCAGAACUGCAUUUAUUAAAACGAGCUCAACCUUGGGGAUUUUUAAAGGAGGAGAUCUUGUCACAGACCCUGAAGAGAUUGCAUGGAAAUAUUUGAGAUCUGACUUUGCAAUUGAUGUAGUGGCUGCAUUGCCUUUGCCACAGGUGUUAGGUGCACUAUGGUACUUGCUAUCUGUUGAUCGCCAAACAGCUUGCUGGAAAAUAAGUUGCAGGAAUGAAACUAGGUGCGAUAUUAGGUACCUACAUUGUGAUAUGACACCAAAUCAGAAAUGGGCUAGUACAACUGAUGUCUUCCAUAGCUGCAAUGCUAGUGAUACCAGCAUCACCUUCGACUAUGGCAUGUUCCUGCCUGCACUGUCCAAUCUAGUGCCUGCUCAGAGUUUCUUGAUAAAGUUGAUCUAUUCCUUUUGGUGGGGUUUACAGAAUCUAAGUUGCUAUGGCCAGACUCUUUCUGUUAGCACCUACGUUGGUGAGACACUGUUCUGUAUAUUCUUGGCAGUAUUCGGUCUUGUUUUGGAAUCAUCUGGUAUGGUCUUGUUUGCAUAUGUGAUUGGAAAUGUGCAGACCUCCCUCCAAUCUAUCAAUGUGACAAGGGAGGAUGAGUGGAGGUUACACCAAAGAGAUGCGGAGGAGUGGAUGAGACGUCGUCAACUUCCUAAUGAACUGCGGGAAAGAGUUAGACGAUUUAUGCAGUUCAAGUGGCAUGCAACUCGAGGUGUGCAUGAAGAGGAUGUAUUGAAGUUUCUACCAGAGGAUCUACGACGUGACAUUAAACGCCACCUUUGCUUGGAGCUUGUUCGCCAGGUUCCCUUUUUCUCCCAGAUGGAUGACCAACUUCUAGAUACCAUCUGCGCGCGUCUUGUAUCAUCACUGUGCACAAAGGGCACAUACAUUGUUCGUGAGGGUGAUCCGGUGACUGAGAUGCUUUUCAUCAUUCGUGGAGAACUAGAAAGCUGGACAACAGAUAGCCUCACAGGCUUGUUCACUUCAAUUAACCUUAAAGCUGGUGAUUUCUGCGGUGAGGAACUUCUUGGGUGGGCUACUGUCCCGAAGCCUACCGCCAGGUUGCCAUCAUCCACUCGUACAGUGAAGGCGCUCACAGAAGUGGAGGCCUUCUCACUUAAGCCGGAGGAUCUGAAGUUCGUGGCCAUGCAAUUUAGCAGUUUGAACAGCAAGAAGUUGCAGCACAGUCUCCGUUUCUACUCACACAAGUGGAGAACCUGGGGCGCGCGCCUCAUCCAAGCUGCUUCGCGGCGGUACAGGAGGAGAAAGAUGGCCAAGGGCCUGAGAUCAGGAGACGCUAAUGGUGAAGACGACCCUCCACGGAAGAAGAAUCUGUAA